CGCAGCCAGAGGAUUUUUGGUUGGGUGCUGAGAAAUACAAUGUGUGGCGGGAGGGUGUGACAAACGACCGAAAGGAGUGACUGUCACACUCAACGCGUGACACUUGAGCCCUGUGUCUUUGAAACUAUGGUUACUCUAAAAGUGCCUUUUUUAGGGAAUUAUCUUUCUUCCUGUUCACUUGUUUGUAUGAGCAAUCAUGGUAAGGCUGAGUAUAUUUGCUAUAGUGCAUAUUAUCGGUGGGAUCCUCACAUGUAAGAUAGAAAUGUAUAUUCAUGAAAGGCUCAAUAGAACACAUUCCAAGUGAACACAAGAUAACAUUUACAUUACAUUUAGUCAUUUAGCAGACGCUCUUAUCCAGAGCGACUUACAGUAAGUACAAGAUAAAACAUUUUCAUUACUGCAAUUUGUUAUCAUAUUGGUCAGCUACCUUUUAAGAUGUUACAGGCAUUCACAGCUUUUCAUUCUGUUGAGUAACUGUAACAAAAAAAACUAAACAGACAAGUUUUAAAUGUUUUUUAAAAGGUAAACCCUCUUGAUUUAAGUGAUUGUACAGCCUUUUUUUCCCCAAUCACAAACCAGUACAGGCAUUUUAGGGUCUAUUGGUUAUCCACUGUAUUAUUUUAUUCCUGUCUCAGUCUUAAUAAACUAGGCAACUUGAGAGAGGACUUGACAAAGUCACAAUUGUGAAGAUUAUCUCUCAAGGAAAUAUUGAUUAUUGUCAACAAGAACGUCACACACACUUCUCUUUUUAUAAUUCUUUGUCCCUUUCUGUAUCUUUAGAUCGGGUGGCUUUUGUAUUUACAUUUCGGUUUGUUAAUAACACAAUUGUCCACAGUUAGAAUGAUGAGGAAUACAUUAGAAAGUCUAUUCCCAAUACUAUUCCAUUCAAUCUAUUCUGUAUCUAUAUCCAUACUUUUUGGUGUUUGAUUACCAUCUUUGGGUCAUUCAAAUCUUUGUCUUUUAGGACAUGCUUAACUUGACUUCCCAUAACCAAAUAUCUUUGGACUUAGUUUGAGAUGCAUAUUAUAAAUGUAUUAUAAAUUAUUAUUAUUAAAGUAGCACAUGCAGUGCAGUUGUUUAGAUACAGGUAAAACUCUAUUUUCACAUUUUAUAUAUGCAGAAGUUGUGUUAUCACACGCAAGGGUUUAAUCCUUUAAAACAUAAAUCAGCAAAUCAACUAAAACCACUUGAUCAUGUUUGUAUCUCGGUGUCAAGUCUUUGCUAUUGAACCUUUUUUACAAAUGUAAUGUACAUAGGCCACAACCACAACAAAAUCUAUAAUAUUUUAGUUGUGAUAAUAACAUGUUACUGUUUGACAUAUUAAUGGGAUGUGCAGCUGACCACCCAUCAUAUGAAUGUGGAAAAAUAGCCUUCACUGACACAUUUUAAAAAGACAGGGGUGUUUCAUUUUUGCAAAAAUAUUUCCCCAGUUGCAUUCUGCCUGGUUACCAUAAUUUAAUUAUUUCACAAUUUGCAGUCAUUUAAAACUGAACUAUCAGAAAGCUGAUGGAAAACUGUUUUAUAGAUGUAGACAAGUAAAAUAACAACUAAACAAAUCAGAACCUGCAUUUGGAAUGGUCUCUUCCACUAUUCUGCAAGCCUCCCCUGAAUGAGUCAUCCAGCUCUUCUCUUAUUGGAUAAGACCAUUCCAUCCCAAGGGAUUGCCUUGCAAAGGCAGAAGGGCCUUGCUUCCAUUCACAGAAACAUUGGUAUACGAGCCUACAAUUUCAUUCACAUAAAAGGCUAAAUUAUAUUUGCCUCUUUUUUUACCCAGAUUUAUGAAAGGUGCUUUUCAUCUCUCUUUCGCUUUUUGCCUUUGUUUCUGAGGAGAAAGCAGACGUACUUCCCUUUUUCCUCUGUAUCUGCUAGGCAAGAAGGAUAGAUGUUGGGAGGGACUGCAGUGCGAAAUCUGUAGCAGGAUGCAAGACAAUGCUUAUGAAUGACUGUCAGUCCUCAGCUACACGAUCCUGGGGACAUUUUACAUGAAUGGCUUUUGGCUUAAUGCAGCCGUACAGAGGCUUUCACUGUUGUUUUGUUGAGACUGUGUCUGGUUGCUGUUCUGUGCUGCUGCUGCUGUGUGUUCAGUCAACUGCAUGUGACUCAUGUUCACGUUGUGUUUUUGCGUUUAAUUAAUUAUUCACUAAGAUAAUUCAGGACGACUAGCUUGGUUUCUGUGGAAUUCUGAGAAAAGAGUACAUCAGAGAUGCGUAGUAUGAUUUAUUUGUUUCAUAAUGGAUGGAAAUUAAGUUGAGGCACAUUUGACAAACGGACUAAACCAGAGAUCUAUUGUUUAAUGUUUGAAAUGCUCAUCAUAAAAUGUGAACUGUUAAAGCAGAACACAUGCAUGUAUUAUCUAGGUACAUUUCUGAAAAACAAGUCUAAAUGAAGGGCCAUGCAUAGUAAAAAAAAAAAAAUCUCCAGCUGUUAUAAUGAAGAUUCUUUUGUAUUUAAUAUAAACAUUUUUCAUAAUUCGUUUUUAAUUUAUUGUCCAGAAUUUAGCAUUUCAGUGUUCUUAAUUUAAUAGCAUGGUAACCCAACCAAAUCUCUUUUACUAAAGAGAAACAGAAAUUUGACAGAUGGUAGGCUAUGCAUUUUCAUUUUAUUAAGCCAUCUAAUAGAUACAUAAGACCAUUUGAUCCACUUUUAAUUUAAUUUUGCCAUUCAUAGAAACAUAUAUUGUAGAUCUUAGUUGUAAUAGGGACUUAAUUAGAUAAUUAUAUGUUGAUUAUAUUUUUUGUCUGAUUAUUUUGCAGGGGUAUUUUUUCCUGUUUCACACCGAUGGCAGAAUUAAAGUAGUAUUCUUGUAGUGAAAAGGAAAUAUCAGUCUGGGAAAUUUAAAAAUUGAUUGGGUAUAGUGUGAUGUAAGUGGGAGGAUUUUAUUUCCAACAGGAAGUGAUUUGCAGUGUUCAGUGAGCCUUUUGUUGUGAAGGUUUUCUCAGAUCUGUGAGUCAUGCUGUAGCUGGGAGCCGGCACGCAAUAGUCAGAGAGCGUUUGCGCGCGCUCGCUUGCUUGUCCUCCAUCAACAUACCUCACUCUUUCUCUCUUUUUGUCUGGAGCUUGAUCUCGAUCUGGAUCUCAUCUUUGGAACCUAGCAAGAAUCCUGGCUGCUUACGAAACCUUUUUUUAGUCUUUUUAUCCAUAUUAUGGCUUGGCUUUCUUUCAGUUUCUCUUCCACCAGUGGAUUCUAUUACUGCCUUGAAUCCCCCUUACGACAGCCCCAGCGACAGCAGAAGAAGCAGAAGCAGCAGCCCACCUCUACUGUAUCUUCAACAGAGAGAUUUAUAGUCGCCUUGGCCUGUGAUUGCUACUAGGCGUUUGCUGCGUCUCCACUAUGUUGAAGGAGAGACUAGCUGUUUGGGCACUUCAUCUGCCAGUGUGUUUGUAAGGGCAGGCAACAAGGAGAAGGAAAAGGGUAUGCUUCACCGUACCAAAUACAACCGCUUCAGGAAUGAGUCAGUGACAUCCGUAGAUGAGCUUAUCCACGACCUUUCCAUGAACCCCAAGGUCUCGGCUGCCCCCACAUCCUCUGCAGAGCCCCCAUUCUCCCCCCAGGCUGAGGUGCUCUCCCCAACCACUACCGCCUCUGAACCCGAGGAUGGAGGCACCACCCUCUGCACCUUCAUCAACAAGGUGUCCAACCUGAAAUUCACCAAUUCAGGUAGCCUGCUGGGCAUCAAGGGCCUCCCAUCUGCUGUCAAGGACCUGGCUGUGUCCAAGUUCCAGGGGGGUGGGGGUUCCAGCUCUGGCAACUCUGGCCACAGUGUGUCAGCAGCUGCCUCGGGUGGCAGUUUCCUCAGCAGCUCGGCCUUCUCUGGACCCCAGUUCCAUCAGGAGCCAGGCAACAUGAGCAGCAACGGGAAGAAGGGCAGGCUGGAGGAGCUUCAGCAGGGAGGGGAGGACUGGAACCCUGGGGGCAAUGGUAGAGGUAAUGGACUGGUGAACAAGCCCUCCAGAGGAUGGCUACACUCAAGUGAGAAGAUCUCUGGACCCGGAGUGACAUACAUUGUGAAGUAUUUGGGUUGCAUUGAAGUUCUUCGAUCAAUGAGAUCCUUGGAUUUCAACACAAGAUCACAAAUAACAAGGGAGGCCAUCAGUCUGGUGUGUGAGGCGGUUCCUGGAACCAAAGGAGCGCUGCGCAAGAGAAAGAUCAUAGCCAAUCACCAUAUGCAGUCCAUUUCCUUUGCAUCAGGAGGAGAUCCAGACACAACAGAUUUUGUUGCAUAUGUGGCAAAAGACCCUGUGAACCGAAGGGCGUGUCACAUCCUGGAGUGUUCUGAUAGGCUGGCCCAGGAUGUCAUCAGCACGAUUGGCCAAGCCUUUGACCUUCGCUUCCAGCAAUACCUCCAGUGUCCCUCCAGCAAGCUUUCACCCAUGCAUGACAGGGUCCUGAACAUGGAUGACUCGCCUUGGACAGAAGAAGAGGAAGAGCCAGACGAGCACCCCUAUUACAACAACAUCCCUGGGAAGAUGCCGCCCACUGGAGGCUUCAUUGACACCCGGCUGACCAAUCAGAUAGCAGGGCAGGACGGCAACCAGAUGAGUCCAGGUGCAAUGGUGGACCACACAUACUACCAGGGCCGACACUGUGGGGAGAACCGCGGGGACGAAAGGAGGUCUAUAUUCAUUCAACAUGGGUCAUGUGACAUGUACAGUCUACCAGAGGGGAAGAGUCAAGUACCAGAAAUGGGUGAUGGGCCAACGUACAUCAACACACAGCAGAUCGACUCCCAAGUUCUGGCAGCACUGCAGUCCAAGGCGGAGGGCAUGGCAGGGAGCACCCCGAGCACAGCCAAAGACAGUUCCAGGAAAGACCUGUUUGAUAUGAAGCCUUUUGAGGAUGCCAUUCUAACCCAGUCUCAGACCCCCACACUGCACAAGACCACAUCUGUGGACAACUCCAGCCCACUGCUGGUGCGUUCGGCAGCCUUCCGGGCCCAGGAAGAGCUGGAGGGUCAGGUUUGGUACCACGGGGAAAUGAGCCGGCGCCAGGCUGAAAAGCUUCUGUGCGAAGAUGGAGACUUCCUGGUGCGGAAGAGCACCACCAAUCCUGGCUCCUUUGUCCUGACAGGCAUGCACAAUUGUCUGGUCAAACACCUGCUGCUGGUCGACCCAGAGGGCACGGUACGGACGAAAGAUCACAUAUUUGAUAGCAUCAGCCAUCUGAUUGGCCAUCACCGUGACAACAGCCUGCCCAUAGUGUCUGCCGGAAGUGAACUGUGCCUGAAGGAGCCAGUGGGAAGAAAACAGUAACUUGCAAUGCCAGAUGGUUACUGUAGGAGACACUACAAGCCUCCCUUCAACCUGAAACUUGAAGAUAAGAUAGAGAAUAUACUAUUGUUUAAAGGUUCCUUGCAAUGACAGUAUCUUGGAAUAGGUGUGUGUGCACUGGAGCACUUGAGGAAGAUUGCUGAUUUAUAGAACUGUUUUUAUUUAGUUGUGAUGAUUGAAAUGCUAUAUUUUUGAGAAGACAUAUAAGUGCAUUUGGACAUAAACGUUGAUUUGGUGUCCUAAAACAAAAAGGACGACUUUCAGUAGUUUAGAUUAAGAGCAAAUUGACCUCAAGGAGGGGUAUAAAAAAUAUUUUAGAAUAAAUCCCAAACUUUUGUUUUGUCUAUCAAGCACAACCAGGCCAUUGGUUAAAGUUAAAGGAGAAAAAACUACAGUUUGAUAAAAUGCUAUUUAUAUAGAACUAUUUUAGGAUUUGUCCCGCAGCUAGUGUUACAACUGACCAGGUCUGUAUUGAUUUUGCUUUUAUUGGGAAAGACGUGAAUGUGUUUGAUUUGCAGUAGUCCCAAUGUGCUAGGGUCACGGCCACCCCCCAUAGUGCUGUCAACAUGGCUUUAAAGGUAAACAUUUUCAUGAAGUACUUUUGUGCCACAGCGGUCGCAUGACGUUGAAAUCAACUGUACUUGUGAAACAUUGUUUGUAGACCUUGAUGCCCUUUUCGGAGAGGUGCGUGUGUAUGCUCACUCUGUAAAAUAUUUAUGCUUUUCAAAACAAUAUUUCUUAAUUGAUUCUUCUAAAUCCUUUUAACUGGGUGUGUAGUGAAUUCGUUUUUGAGGCUUGAAUCAUGAAAUGGAUAUUAUGACAUUGUUUAUGCUAGUUUUUCUGGCUUUGUUGACUUCAAAGGUAUUUGAUGAAUGGUCACAAAUUAAUUGCACAGAGCUUUAGAUUAUCUGUGUUAGUUGUAUAAGAACAAUUCACCAUGUGUUGAAAACAUAAUCACUGAAGAGGAGUUAUAAAAAAAACUUUUAAUUUUACAUAGAGCACCCUUUAUUGGAUUUGUAAAAAAACACACAAAAACACAAAAAUUAUGAAUUAUGAAUAUUCACAACUCAAUGUGUGGAUCUCCUAUCUUUGAUUGUCACCACUGAGGGCCAUCACAGAGUAACUAUUAAAGGGUCUUUGUUACUGUUGGACUGCCUGAAAUAUUCUGGAUAUCAGUUGCUGUGUUAGGAUUACUCCUACAGUUGCUUAUUUUGUUAUAUAGCUUGACACAAAAUUGACCUUAUAGAAAUACGGUUUUGAAUGAUAGUUGUUCAGACCUUAAAGACUUAAAUUUCCAGUAAUUGAUACAGGGUAGCUAGAACAGUAGUCACUGUAGAAUUUGCUUGGUUACAGUGACUAACUUGAUAGCACUUGUAUUAUUGUGAUACUUGUAAUACAGAGGCUAAAUGUUUUGAAUCUCUCCAGCUUGCCGUCAUUAUUGGACAACAGAAUUCUCAAACCAUUAUCAAACAUGCUAUUGAUGUGUUGGGCCUAUACAACUGAACCAAAUUCAGUCCGUUUUCAAUUACUUUGAGAAGACAAUUGAAAUGUAUCUUGGUGUACCUGUAUUUUGCUGCAAGAAAAAGUAAACAUGCAUCUAGUUCUCACAAUAUACUGUUUCUAGUUUAAAAAAAGGGUCUGUAAUAUUGUAAGAUCACCAUUUCACAUCCUCCAAGAACCACUCGAUAAUUAGAACUCUUGUCCUUUGUGACAAAAUAUAAACUAUAUGCUUUGUUAAGAAUUGACCUGUAGUCCCUCCUCCCUAAUGGUUGUAUUACUGAGUACUUAAUUGGAGUUACUAGCAGUAUAUUUGGAGCUGCUAUCAAUCGCUGGUUUCUUCCAACCUCACUUGCAAUCGAAGAAGGCUUUAUGUCAAGACUUACUGUAAAUUACUACUUACUGUUUUUAGAUCUAGUAAUUUGACUUCACAGUAAUUUUACAACUGAGGCCUUACCUUGGUUAGAACCCCCUUUUAAAUCGACCUAGGUAAAUCUUGGUUGAACUGAACUCUUGAACUGUUUUACACUUGUGAAUCUAUGUUACAUUGCCGACUUAAUAUUUUAUACACACAUUCCGAAACUACGAUUUAGCAAGUGACACCAUCAAAACACAAUUCUACUUAAUUAAAAAUGACGAAUGGGUUGAGUGUGGGUUGAUAUGAUGACAUCAUUACUCUGGGGUACAUUUCCCAGAGAAGUCAACCACCAUGAACUUUGCUGAAGAGGCAACCGUUGACUCUUCCCUAUGUCAGGAGGAAUUAAAAUAUACUUUACCAUUUUCAACCCUGAUAGACCUACUGUUGAUUUCAGAAAAUCACCAUCCUCCUGUGUGUGAAGGUGUUGAAUUAUUGAGUCUACCUUUAACAUCAAGUACAACACCAACAGUAAUUUGUUGAUUCGCUACUGUGUGUCAAAUUAACUGAUGUAUUAUGAGUUGCACGGGGUAUACAUUUCAGAGUACACUCAACAUCCAUGUGAGGUCAAAUAGAUUUCUGUUUAUGAAAAUGUGCCUUUUAUUUUUUACCAAUGUUGUUUUCUUCAAAGUGCAAUCCUGAACUUUCAUGGGGCAUGCCCGUACGUUCACUAAAGGUUGUGUUUCGCUCUGCUGUGCAUUGGUGCUUGAGAUUCAAGAUUUUUCUCUAUAUAUAGUUUCCAAAUUCUAAAUAUGAAUUUUUGUCAGAGGGAUCACCAAACAAAUACUAUUUUGGAACUAGUAAAAACUUUCAAACAAAGAAUUGAGUCCAAACAAUGUUUACAGUUUUAAUAUUUGGUUGUAUGAGUUAUCAUCAUUCUGUAUGACUGUUGGCAAUAAAACCGUGAAUGUG